CUUUCUCUUUCUCUAUCUUUCUCUACUCUUUCUUUCAUACCAACACCAAAUGUGAAAGGAGGAACCCUUUUUCCUUUUUUUUCCUUUCUUUUUUUUUUUUUUUUACGUUUUCCAACCAGGAAAAUGCUUUGAACACAAACAGUUGUUCCUCCUUUUAUGAGAUUGGUGCUAGCAUGGUGGAGUGACUGGGCUCACGAAUCUUCUUUGGAAUAAACUAAAUACCAACAGCCAUUAUUAUUAUUCAAACACAGAUCAGAGAAGAUUCAAAAGCACCGCGUGCGUUAUCUUCACAGGUCCAUGCAAGCUACCAUCCUAUCUAUCAUCAUUCGAGAAGAAUAGCUAAAAACAAACACAAUUGAUUACACGUAGCUACCAAAAAUAAAAAAUAAAAAAUAAAAACAAGAAAAGAAAAGAAAGAAAGUGAAAGAGAAAUAAGAGGAGGAAAGAAACCAUGCAAGAAUUUAGGGGUAAGUUGCAGAAGGUGAUAAAGAAAGCGAAUCCAGAUAUAGAUUGGGGGGUUUUCAAUAACUAUAACAACUACUACUACAACAACAGAAAGGAGGAAUCUAAAUCAGGCUCCGAUGAAUUGGCAUCGCCUCGGGGGAUGUUCGAAGCUAUGUCGACUGCUGACUCCGACUACAGCUCUCGCGGGAGCAGUAGCAACUACAGCAGCCUACAUUCCCCGGGGAAUCGCCCUCCCUCGCCGCCGGGUCCGGGUCUGCCAAAGGCGAACGCGACGAAGGGGGACGUGAACGGGCAGCAGCAGUGGAAGGUAAUGAUUGACGUGCUGAGGUUCAAGAACGUUAGAAGGUUCUCGAACAUUCCCUUGCUAGCCGCUAGCUACGAGAUCUCUAGGAAGAACCUAAGGAAGAAGGUGGCUCGCAAGAGAGACGGCGAAGACGAUGACGAUCUUCCCAUUGAUCUCGAUAGCAUCCCAACCAAGCCUUCUUGGCGAAAUUUCCCUUACGCUGAUCUCGCUGCUGCCACCGAUAAUUUCUCCCCUGAGAACAUGCUUGGAAAAGGUGGUCAUGCUGAAGUGUAUAGAGGAUGUUUACCGGACGGUCAAAUUGUAGCAGUGAAGAGGCUGAUGAUGAAUGAUGAGAAGGAAAUUGAGGACCAAGUUGGUGAUUUCUUGUCAGAGCUUGGAAUCAUUGCUCACAUAAACCACCCAAAUGCAGCACUCCUUCUGGGAUUUGGCAUUGAGAAGGGCCUCUACUUUGUCCUCCAAUACGCUCCUCGUGGCAGCCUCUCUUCUUUACUCUUUGGUUCUCAAGGCUUGGAGUGGAAGGCAAGGUUCAAGGUAGCUUUUGGGGUCGCUAAAGGAUUGAAGUACCUCCAUCAUGAUUGUCCAAGAAGAAUCAUUCACAGAGACAUCAAAGCCUCAAACAUAUUACUCGACAAUAACUUUGAAGCUGAGAUUUCGGAUUUCGGAUUGGCAAAGUGGCUUCCAGACCAGUGGGAACAUCAUGUUGUGUUCCCCAUUGAAGGCACAUUCGGGUAUUUGGCUCCAGAGUACUUUAUGCAUGGACUUGUGGAUGAGAAGACUGAUGUAUUUGCAUUCGGGGUUUUGUUAUUGGAACUCAUAACUGGGCGUCGCGCAGUCGAUUCAAACAGCAGGGAGAGUCUUGUGAUCUGGGCAAAACCACUGUUGGAUGCAAAGCAGAUUAAGGAAAUAGUAGACCCAAGAUUAGGAGAUCAGUAUGAUCUUAUUGAAAUGAAGAAUGCUAUGACAACGGCUUCCCUAUGUGUCCACCACAAGCCCUCCAUGCGGCCAUACAUGAACAAGGUUGUGAAGCUGCUCAAGGGCGAAGAGGUAGCAGUUGAGAUCACUCAAAAAACAAAAUCCCCAAGAUCAUUAUUGUUAGAUGCAUGUGAUCUUGAAGACUAUACUUGCUCUAAUUACUUAAAUGAUCUUAAUCGCCACAAGCAAUUAAUAAUGGAGUGAUGAUGCAUUAUUUGACCUCCCCUCUGCUUUUUUGUUUGCCUAUUUGUUGUAUAAUCUUGAUAUUCAUUGGAACUUUGUAAUAUUUGUAGCUCUGUUGUGUGGGGUUGAAGUUAACAAUUGAACUUGCAAGCUUGUCUCAAUUUCAAAUUUUGCAAGGUAAUUUUAGGCUUGUAAUUUGCCGUGAACUUCUUGUACUCUGCAUUAGUCAAGAACCAAGCAAUGUUAAUAGUUUGUUUAGAUGACUGA